UAAUACGAUCGCUGGUAACUUUUCUCUGUUCCCUAGUGAAUGUUAUACUACUACCAUCUAGCGGUGUGCGACAUAAAGCAUAGGGUUGCAUACGCGUAGGCGCCACAGAAUUUCCUUAUUUUAUGACUUAUCUGAAAGGUGACACUACUGAUUAAGUAAAGUGCUAUCACUGCAUGUUUGGUAUGCACCAGCUGUUGCAGGUGCAUUUAUGACGUCAUCACGAGAAUUCUAGUGGCUUACGUGUUCCGCUAUGUUUGUCAAUGACGUUUAAUGGUGUCUACUUCUUUGCAUAUUUCAUUUAUUCUGUAAUUGUUCGAUUUGCAAUUUUAACAACUUGCUACUCGUAAUUUACUUUUUACAACUGGGUAUUGGUAAUGGACAAUUAGCAACAGCCAAUUGUAAGUUAUUUUCCCGUUUUCAACUCUUUUACUAUUUUUCAACUGGCAAGUUUCAAUUUACAAUUUCAACUUCCUGACUUCUAAUUGUCAUCUGUUAAAAUAACCAAUUCCAUCUGCCAAGUUUUCAUCUACUAACUUCCUGUUUCCGGAUGUUUCGAUCUCGGAUCCGAACGAAAACAAGUUGGUCAUAGUAAUCGACCACUUCACAGAAACGUUCGAGCGAUCUCUAUUAGCAAUAUUCCCCGACCGACUGUUAUAGCGAUCCGGUUUAGAAUACCGGAACAGCGGCCAUUCAGCAAUGAUCGACUGAUUGGUUUCGUACUGAUGGAGGCUGACGAUGCGAACGUCACAUUGUGUAUCCUCUUCUGAGUCUCGUCACGUGUCUUCUGUGUCGCGUUACACAAAAGAUGAUCGUGUGUACUGGAAGCCUUCGAGCGAUGUUUCAAACCGUUUCGCGUCUCGACUUUGCUCUACAAACGUCGGUUCAUGCGACAUUGACCUAACCAGUUAUCAAUGAUGCGUCCUUGCCUCCGAACAUUGUCCGCCUCACAACUUUUAAAAAAUACAGAGGCUACUCAUGGGUUUUAUAUUACACAAUUUAAGAUACUUCUAUAUUGAGUUUUAUCGAGGUAAAUGCGUGUACUGAUUUAACUUCAAUUAUCCACUUGUUCAUUUUUCAUCUCAUUUCUAAUUACGGAGUAUGUGUACAUCGUAAAGUGGACUACAUUACAAAUGAAAUGAAGUCGUACACGCACUUCUUUCAUUAUAUUGCCAGAGUUUGUGUGACCAGCGUUACACGCGAGUACAUCUAUCAAUCACCAUCGCAUCUGUUUGAAUAAAUAAUUAGUCAUAAAGUCCCACCGAAAGCAUCUAUGUAAGCACACGUAAACUUUUCAAGAAAAUUCGUAUCUUUCGAAUCUUUUUGUUAUUACAAAUACAGCGUUCAAUGACUGAAUCAUAAUUGAAUGCUAUGAUACGAUUAAGUAGAUAAAUAGAGAUUAACCUAAAAGGAUGAUAACAGUGAGAUAAGGGUCUCGAAAUGACGAAUCAAAUGUUGUUUUUAUUAAGAAGAUCUCAUUAUCGCUUUUUUAUCAUGUCUUACACUUUAUUUAUCGCUCAAUGGUUACUAGCGAAUUGUGUUCACAAAUAAAUAUUAUUGACUGUGUAAAUCGUGGACUUUUCGUUAGUUUAGUUAAGAAUUUUUCUCCAAACAUCACGCUCGUUUACACUAUGUUCGUUACUACCUCAAAAAAGUCUUACAACGUUUGUUCACAUAACACAAAAAUCGCACGUCAUAAAGAACGAAGGAUCCUUGCAAAAAUCACCGCGCACUGGCCACACUUUCUGGAGGAUCUAAGAGGGUCAGGAUCACCAAGAUCGUUUCCUCGCGCCUUAUCGUUCGGAAUGAAUCAAGCUAGAAAGGAGGAAAACGAUGAGAUACGGGUAUGCCCCGUACUCGUUGUAAGAGGUGGGAGUGUUGAUCGCUUCCAGCACGUCGGAAAAGUACGUGAUGGAUCAGUCUACGUGCGACACAGCCGUGAUAUCCAUCGAGAUCCGUCGAUCUCUCGAUCACCACUGAACCGAACCACGGGAUCCCCGUCGACGGAGCCUGCCACGUGAACGUCAUGUCGCGGAUCGCGGUACUGCUACAGCUGGUGUUGCUGCUGCACGGAUCCUUGAUCGUCCUUGUUGCCGAGAAAUCCAAAGUUCCAUUAAGUUUGGAAGAAGCGUUCAGCCAAAGUUUCCGACCGUACAACUUCAACGGUACCUGGAGAACGGACAAUGACAUCCUUUAUUCUGAUAACUCUACCGGUGACGUUUAUUUGUUCGAUGUCACGACAAACACCAGAAGACUGCUUUUCGAGUCGUCGUUGUUGGCCAAUUACACCAGCCCCACGAUCGUCCUUUCUUUCGAUAACUCCAAGGUUCUGAUCGGUCAUGAUUACGUUAAAGGGUUCAGGUACUCUAUGUACCAGAGGUUUGACGUGUACGACAUUGAUAGCGGAACCAUUACGAAUAUUUCAAACGGCGACCGUCUGUUGCUUGCAAAAUGGUCACCGGCUAAGAACGCGUUGGUCUACGUACGCGAAAAUGAUAUUUAUUAUAAAGAUUUCUCCGACACGAAUAGCCAGGAACGUAGAUUGACCCACACUGGUAAACCCGGAGUUGUUUUUAACGGUAUACCUGAUUGGGUCUACGAAGAGGAGGUAUUAGCUUCCGCGUCGGCUCUGUGGUUCUCACCCGAUGGUAAACACCUUGCUUUUAUUACGUUCAACGACACCAAUGUGAAGGACAUCGUGAUCCCGAAAUACGGGACACCAGGAGGGAUCGUGUAUCAAUAUCCUUUGGAAGAGAAUAUCAAGUAUCCGAAGGCUGGCAGUCCGAAUCCAGUUGUGUCUUUAAACCUCAUUGAUUUGACCAAUUCAUCUUCUGAAAUAAUUAAUCUUCAGCCACCUAUUGAUUUUGUUGGUGUAGACAAUAUCAUCUACACGGUAAAUUGGAGGAACAGUGAGCAGGUGGUAGCAACUUGGACGAAUCGUGUUCAGAACAAAGCAAUGUGGGUGUUUUACGAUACUCAAGGUAACGCCAAUCACGUCCACCGCGACGAAGAAAUACAAGGUUGGCUUCGUAUUCACCCUCCUUUCUACCACAACCAGUACGUUAUUAUACUGGAGGCUCGGCACAUUGGUUCGGUGCGUGGAAAAUUUCUUCAUCCGAUGAGAUACGAGUACAAAAACGGAAUACUCACUAACGGAAUUGAUUUAACCCCUAAAAGGGGCGAGGUUAAUGCCAUGUUGGCUGUCGACCAUAUCAGGGAGAGACUUUAUUACUUAGCGACGUUGCUCGAGUAUCCAUCGGAAAGACAUUUGUAUUCGGUGCAGUUGGAUGGUACCGGAGAACCAGUUUGCCUAUCUUGCACUCGAGUUACUCCCGAAGGGAACAUGUGCCAGUACGCGCACGCCUACUUUUCUACGAGCGCCUCGAACUAUGUGUUCAUCUGUUCUGGACCAGAUCCAUUGACAGUCCAGAUAUUCAACGCAGAUCGCGGGUUUUUGUAUCUGUGGGAAGGAAACCAAGAUCUUAGAGAAAGACUCGCUAGCCGCGUUCGACCAAUUAUUUCUAAAAAAAUUAUUAGGACAGAGUUCGAAAAUACGAUUAAAUUAUACCUCCCACCUGAUUUUAACACAACUCAAAAGUAUCCCUUGUUGAUCAACGUUUAUGCUGGACCGAAUACAGCGAAGUACACGGACGAAUUCUCUUAUGGAUUCGAGUCGUACAUGGCGGCUAACCGAAAUGUCAUUUACGGCUAUAUAGAUGGUAGAGGAUCGGCUAAUAAAGGAACCUCGUCCCUGUAUACGAUUUAUCGGAACCUUGGCACUGUGGAGAUCGAGGAUCAAAUCGCCACCACCGAGGAAAUGUUGAGGCGAUUCCCGUGGAUCGAUCGGAACAGAACUGCAAUAUGGGGUUGGAGCUACGGUGGUUAUGCCACAUCUAUGGUGUUGGCUACUGACAAACAGUCAGUUUUCAAGUGCGGCAUAUCGGUUGCACCUGUGACCUCCUGGAUUUAUUACGAUUCCAUUUACACAGAGCGUUUCAUGGGAUUACCAACAGCCGAAGAUAAUCUGAGAGGUUACAACAACUCCGACGUAACCAGGAAAGUGGAAGGAAUUCGGGGGAAAAAAUAUUUGCUGAUACACGGAACCGGGGACGAUAACGUGCAUUAUCAACAAUCCAUGGCUUUGGCCAAGGCUUUGGAGCAGAACGACAUUCUGUUUGAACAGCAGAGUUACCCUGACCAGGCACACGAUUUGGGUAGUGUCACUCCUCAUCUCUAUCACACCAUAAAUCGAUUUUUGAGCAAAUGUUUGGGCUAUUCGGAAAAAGCCUGACCCCGAAGACUUGUCGCAUUAUCGAGUAAAAAAGUCACCAGUUAGAUAAAAGCUGGGCUCGUUCAAGAAUAUACUUUAUGGAUCCCUGUGGACUAAAGAACUUCGGCCAUUUUACUUUUUGUGAAAUGGAUUCUAUUUAAUUAGCGGGCGAACGAGUCUGCUGAAAUGUGUGGAUGCCAUUAUAAGCAAUAAGUAUUAAUUAUUUAAAGUACGAGUUAACAACUGCCUAAUUCGUGGUUCCUAAUUAAAUAAAUUUUGGAAUGUUUGUUCGGAAGCGAAGCGCAGAGUUGUUUCUGAAAACAAUGUGAGCUUCGUUUUGAUACAGUUUAGACGUUAAUUCUGUUAAUUGUGCGUGAAAUAGAUUCUAUGUAAAAAUUUUGUAUCGGGUGUAGUCUGAAUUCGGGUGAAUUGUAUAUGUACUAAAUAAAAUAAGCUAGAAAUCGUA